CCCUAGCGUGACGCCAAGCAGCCACAUCAAAGGAAAACAAGAAGCCCAAACAAUGUGACAAUAUGGAGGAGAAAUGGAUGUCAGAAGCUCUGAAAAUGGCAGAGGUUGCUGUAGAGUCUCGCGAAGUCCCUGUAGGCUGUGUUAUAGUGAACAACCAAGAGCAAAAGAUACUGGCCCGAGGCUGCAAUGAAGUUAACGCUACUCUUAACGCAACGAGACACGCUGAAAUGAUAGCCAUAGACAAACUGAUGGAACUAUGCAGGAGCAAUGGCGGAACAAAGCUAGAGGAACUGACUCCUAAAUGCACUUUAUACGUGACAGUAGAACCUUGCAUAAUGUGUACCUACGGACUAAGACUAGUCAAGCUAACAAGAGUGUUCUUUGGCUGCCAUAAUGAGAGGUUUGGAGGGUGUGGCUCAAUGAUGAAUGCUCAUGAUAUGGAGCUAGGAGGACCAGCUGGAGUACCAGCCCUACUCCCGCCAUUACUAGUGACCAGUGGUAUUAUGAAGGAGAUAGCAAUCGAACUCCUGCAGGAAUUUUAUAAAGGAGAGAAUCCGAACGCACCAGAAGAAAAAAUGAAGCGAAAGAGACGACAUGAAAAUUAACAUUUUAACGAAAUAUUAAUUAAUGAAGAAAAUUAUAACAAAUUCUUACAAAAAAGUAUCAUCAUGAAUGAUUACAUCAA